AUGGGCUCGGCCCUCCGCCUGCUGGCCCUGGCCGCCCUCGGGGCCCUGCUGGGCGGCCGCCCAGGUGCAGGAUCCAUGCUGAAAGAGCGCGACUACGACAUUGUCCACCCCAUCAAGGUGAACGAGCGGGGCUUCUUCGUCUCCUACAACCUGUCCCACCGUUUCCUCUACAAAAGGGCCAUUUCCUCCCAGAACUCCCAGCGGUCCUUCUACAAACUGCACCACCAGGGACAUGAGCUUAGCUUCAACCUGAGCCUGAACGGCCACCUCCUUGCUCCCGGGUUCGUUAGCGAGAGGCGAUACGGAGGAAUCGCUCGUGCCAAGAUCCGGGCCGAUGGCCAGAACUCUUGCCACAUGAUUGGGUCGGUUCAGAAUGAGGAAUGGGGACUUGGACUGGCUGCCCUCAGCACCUGCGAUGGGCUGAAAGGUGUCUUCCGGCUGGCUGACAAAGACUUCUUCCUUGAACCGCUGUCUGCAAGCAGACCCAGGGAGAACGCAGCCCAGCCGCACCGGAUCUAUCGCCGCAGUGUUCCUGAGUAUGAGGCAGAAGAGCUGAUCGCUGUGGCAGACACCAAGCCUGCAGAUGUCAGGAUGUGUGGAGUGCACGAAAGCCUUAAGAAGUCUGAGAAGAGGAGAGAGAGAUGGGAACAGAAGCAGCAGAGGAAGCGCCAGAUUAAGCAACGCUCGGUCAGCAAGGAGAAAUGGGUGGAGACCUUGGUGGUUGCUGACACCAAGAUGGUGGAAUACCAUGGCACUGAGAAUGUUGAGAAGUAUGUCCUGACUGUCAUGAACAUGGUUGCUGGUUUAUUCCAUGAUGCCAGCAUUGGGAACCCCAUCCACAUUUCCAUCGUGCGUCUUAUUUUUCUAGAAGAGGAGGAGGAGGACCUCAAAAUCACCCAUCACGCGGACAACACCUUGCGAAGUUUUUGCAAGUGGCAGAAGGCCAUCAACACAAAAGGGGAUGCUCACCCGCUGCACCAUGACACAGCCGUCCUGCUCACAAGGAAAGACAUCUGUGCUGCCAUGAACCGUCCGUGCGAGACGCUGGGCCUGUCUCACGUCUCGGGCAUGUGCCAGCCCCACAGGAGCUGCAACAUCAAUGAAGACACGGGGCUUCCCCUGGCUUUCACCGUGGCCCAUGAGCUCGGACACAGUUUUGGGAUUCAGCAUGACGGAAGCGGCAAUGACUGUGAGCCAGUUGGGAAAAGACCUUUCAUCAUGUCUCCACAGCUCCUGUACGACACGUCGCCGCUCACCUGGUCCCGCUGCAGCAGGGAAUACGUCACCCGCUUCUUGGAUCGUGGUUGGGGGCUCUGCCUGGAUGACCCACCAGCCAAAGAUGUGCUAGACUACCCCUCCGUCCCACCGGGGGUCCUCUAUGACGUCAGCCACCAGUGCCGGCUUCAGUACGGACCGUACUCCACCUUCUGUGACGACAUGGAUAGUGUCUGCAGCACACUGUGGUGCUCCGUGGGGAACACGUGUCACUCCAAGCUGGAUGCGGCCGUUGAUGGAACCAAGUGUGACGAGAAGAAGUGGUGCUUCAAUGGGGAGUGCGUGCACAUGGGGUACCGCCCAGAGUCCAUCAAUGGCGGCUGGAGCGUGUGGAGUUCCUGGGCAGCCUGCUCUCGAACCUGCGGCGCUGGAGUGCAGAAUGCAGAGCGGCAAUGCAACAGACCCAUGCCAAAGUACGGUGGCAAAUAUUGCGUUGGGGAACGAAAGCGCUUCCGAGUCUGCAGCUUGAAGCCCUGCCCGUCGGACCAGCCGUCUUUCCGCCACAUCCAGUGCAGCCAGUUUGAUGCCAGGCCCUACAAAGGGAGACUCUACAAGUGGACCCCCGUCCCUGGCAACAUUAAUCCGUGCGAACUGCACUGUCGCCCAGAGAAUGAGUUCUUUGCCGAAAAGCUCCGCGAUGCAGUUAUCGAUGGGACGCCUUGUUAUGAAGAGAGCUCCAGCCGAGACAUGUGCAUCAACGGGAUCUGUAAGAAUGUUGGCUGUGACUUUGAAAUCGACUCCUACGCAGUGGAGGACCGGUGUGGCGUGUGCCAGGGGGACGGGUCCACUUGUCAAACCGUCAAGAAGACCUUUGAGAAGAGCGAGGGGAGGGGUUAUGUCGAUGUUGGGCUGAUCCCAGCUGGGGCGCGAGAGAUUCAGAUUGAGGAGGUGGCUGAAGCGGAGAACUUCCUGGCUUUGAGAAGCCAGGAGCCAGGGAAGUACUUCCUGAACGGCGACUGGACCAUCCAGUGGAAUGGCGAUUACCGGGUGGCAGGGACAACUUUCACCUACGAGCGGACAGGGAACUGGGAGAAUCUCACCUCUCCGGGUCCCACAGAGGAGCCCGUGUGGAUCCAGCUCUUAUUCCAGGAAAAGAAUCCGGGUGUUCGCUACCAAUACACGAUCCAGCGGGAGUCUGACAGUGAGAAUGAGAUCACUCCAGCUGAGUUCUUCUGGCAGUAUGGAUCCUGGACAAAAUGCACAGCCACCUGCGGGACAGGUGUUCAGUGGCAGAUCGUGCACUGCAUGGAGAAGGUGGCCGGCAUCGUGGAGGAGCAGUUCUGCAACGUGCUGAGCCGGCCUGACGACAAGCGGAGAAGCUGCAGUGAGGAGCUGUGCCCGGCCAGGUGGUGGGUUGGCGAGUGGCAGGCGUGCUCGGCCACAUGUGGUGAUGCCGGGCUGAUGAGGAGGAGUGUCCUCUGCCUUCAGAGCGUGGCUCCGGAUGAGCAGCGGGCUCUGCAGCCCAGCAAAUGUCGGCACCUCCCCAAGCCAGACGCCACGGCCCCCUGCAACCGAGAGGUCUUCUGCCCGGCUUGGUGGAUCGUGGGCAACUGGUCGGAGUGCUCAGUGACGUGUGGGAACGGGACGCAAUGGCGCCAGGUUUACUGCCCCAGUGAUUCCAGAGCAGGCUGUGAUCUCACACAACGGCCAGUGUCUAGAAUCGCCUGCUCAUGGCCGCCAUGCCAGAAGAAGACAGAAAGUGCCCUCCCUGACUGGUCCGGCAGUGGCUUGUCAAGCCGGGAACUAUUUAAUGAAAUCCAUUUAGUUCCAAAUGCCCACAUUCCAAAAUACAUCCCUUUGGGGCCCAAACCUGAAGACUUCAAUGUCAUAAUGGAGGAAGACUUUUCCUCAAGCAUCAACAGAAAGGGAAAUGUGUUUGUAGAUGAUUUUUACUACGAUUAUAAUUUUAUCAACUUCCAUGAAGAUCUGUCUUAUGAUGUAGUCAGUGAAAAGGACAGCAAGAGAGAGGAUUCUAAGUCAGACAUUGGAAGUGAAACUACUGUCAUUGGGAAGGAUUCUAAAGAAACACGGCCCGACUUUCUCCCUACUCGAACACCAGAGAUUGGAAGCACAACACUUCCUGCCGUUGGGCAAAAUAAUGAUGAGGAACUUGACAGAGUUCAAGACAGGAACACUGUGGUCAGUUUGCCCGAUACUCCUCUUGCCAGCUCCACUCUCUCCUCCUUCACGCUCAAAAGCAAGGACGGCCGAGUGACUCUUUUUGAAGACAACCUCUCCACUUCAACAACGAGAAGACAUUUCCCUUUUCCCAGCACUGGUCCUGUGCCUCUGGAUGAUGCCCAAGAGGACCCUGUUACGCAUGCAGUUCUGAGAAAGGACACAGCAGCCACAGUUUCCUCUACCACCUUUCCUUACUUGGCCUUUCUGACUUCAGUGUCCCCUUUUGGCAAGAGCAGCAGUGUUGGGGGAAAUGCUGCUGGCCACCCUGAAAGUCCGGAAGCUCCCGGUAGGAGCCCAACUGUUCUUGAUCAAGGUGGCAGUCCAGACAGCAGCUCAUUGGAUGCUGCACGGGAAGAUCACAGAUCGCUAAGCAGCACGGGAAGGGCCGUUGUUAGUGGGGACCAGGGCACCAGCCCCCCGUCUGGAACUGAAGAUGUCUCGACGAGGACAGUUACAACAGCAGCCGAUUACAUCACGAGUUCACGCAUUCCAGUAGAUGACCAGACUGACAUAGAGGGGGUACAGAUCGACCAGCCCAAUCCCCCUGCUGUUAUAAAAUCCAAUGGCGCAAGUCCAGCCACAACCACCUCUGGGUACCAGGAGGCUGUUCCUGGACAUGGAAGCAAGGCGCUUGGCUUUUCCAUGCCAAGCUCACUGGAUCUUCAGUUAUCUACUGAGCCGAGUGUUUUGGAGCGGAGCACUACCUCCCCCAGCCAUUUUCCUUCCGUGCUGCCUGUGCCAAGACAGGAGGAAUCCAAUGACAUUAAGGCAGACUUGGAUUCCAAGUUUGUAUCGUCCCAUGAGGACCAAGGACUUUACAGAAACAGCAGCACAGCACCAGGCAAAAGCUCACCCAACGGCGUUCACUGGGCGUUUACCACCAGCGACGGAGAUCUUGGGCCAGGCCUCAACACUGUGAAGCAGCAGGAGGUGGAAGGGGAAGAGGAGCCCUCUGUGGUGCCUUCUGCUACCAUCACACCCCUUUUCAGUGCCCACUGGGAAGCUGGAAACUGGAGUGAGUGCUCCACCACCUGUGGCCUCGGGGCCAUUUGGAGGGCAGUCCGGUGCAGCUCUGGGAAGAACGAAGACUGCAGCCCCACCAGGAGGCCGGUCCCUGCCCGCAGGUGUUACUUAAGGCCUUGCUCAUCUUGGCGUGUUGGAAACUGGAGUAAGUGCUCCCGGACCUGUGGAAGUGGAGUGAGGGUUCGGGACAUCAGCUGUGUCGACAUGCGAGACCUGCGCCCCCUUCGGCCCUUUCACUGCCAGGCUGUCCUCUACAAGCCACCAGCCGAGCAGCCCUGCCAGCCCCGGGAGUGCCUGGACUGGUACACCUCGUCUUGGAGGGAGUGUUCUGAGCCAUGCGGAGGAGGGGAACAAGAGCGCCUGGUGACCUGCCCGGAACCUGGAAGGUGUGACGAAGCCCUCCGGCCCAAUAACACGAGGCUCUGCAAUGCCCACUCCUGCACCAAGUGGACAGUGGGAUCCUGGGGGCAGUGCACAGCCACGUGUGGGGGAGGCGUUCAGAGGAGGCAAGUGAAGUGUGUGAAUGUGAAGACUGGUGAGGCGGAAGAGGACAGCGGCCUGUGUGACCACGAAGAGCAUCCAGAGAAGACCCAGAAGUGCAGUCUCCAGAACUGCCCCCAUAGGGUGCCAGGCUUCGUCUGUGAGCGGGACCGUCUCUCCUUCGGCUUCUGCCAGACCCUUCUCUUCCUGGGAAGGUGUCACCUGCCAACCGUCAGGACGCAGUGCUGCCAGAGCUGCCACCAAUAUGGCCACGGCCCCCGGGAUCGUGGGAAUGAGCGUGCCUCCCGGAGGUGAAGACUUCUCUUCUAGCAGCU